CACUUUUUUCUUUCAUUCACUGUAACUGUCAUCUUCAGUCUUUAACCUUCAUUUCGGUAGUUGUUAAAGCAAGUACUUAUUAAUUAUAAAAUAAAAACACUUUUAAUUUAGCUUUCAUUUUAUAACGAUAAAAAAUGGCCUCUCUUGGUUCUAAGUUGCCAGUUAUGAUGAAAGGUUUGGUUGAAAGUUCAAAGCCUAAGCUUGCAACAUUUGUGAAAUAUGCUAAAGUUGAACUUGUACCUCCAAAGAUGUCAGAAAUGCCUGAAGUUAUGGCUGGCUUUGGACGCCUGAUGAGGUCAGCAAAAAGUGGUGCUUGGAGACAUACUCCUGUUAGGGAAGCAUGGUUGAAUUCUUUAGUUGCAGCUGAAAUCUAUUUCUGCUUUUGCAUAGGAGAGUGCAUUGGUAAAGGAAGUAUAUUAGGUUAUCAAGUAUAGAUAGGUACCCAAAGUACGUUAUGCAUAAGAACUUUGUUAUUAACACCCCACUAAAUGUCAUAGAAUUUAUCAUGUGAUUAGAUAAUAAAAUAAUUCUCAAAAACA